AGUCGAUUUAAAAUGGGAGGCAGCAAGCAUAGGCACAGUAAGGACAAGCUCUACAUUCUACCUUCAGAAUUGGCGCUUACCCAGGGCCCAAAGGUCAAUAAUAGGCCAGCUGAGCUACUGCCCCUCAACUGUUGCUUCCUGACCCUUUUGCCCUUUAAAAAUCCGGUUUGCACAGUAGAAGGCCACAUAUUUGACCAUGACAAGAUCAAAGAAUACGUCACCCUCAAGGGAACUAACCCGGUCACGGGAGAACCGCUGACACUGAACGACCUCUUUUCCUUGACGUUCUCGACCAACGACAAGGACGAAUUCCAGUGCCCACUCUCGUUCAAGAGGUUUACAUCAAGCUCAUAUGUCGUCACUGUGAAGCAGAGUGGCCAUGUGUAUGGCUAUUCGACCCUCAAGGAAGUCGCCAAAAAGGAAUCCGACGGACUGAUGCAUGAUCCACUCACAGGUAUACCGUUCAAGAAUAGCGAUAUCAUAACGCUGCAAAGUCCUCACAAGCUGGAACUACGGACUAUAUCUCUCUUUAAGCACCUCUCCAUGUUCUCAUCUGAUGAUAAAGAAGCGCCAAAACAAGUUAUACGCGGAAAUAGCAUGUACAAUACAAUAGUUGGUCAAUUUGAUACUCUGGAGGCGAAGGGAGUGGAGAAGGAUCCCAAACCUGUUGCUGAUAAACCGAAGCAUAGUCUAUUCACAACGGGGAAUCUCUCCACUAGCUUCACUUCAACCGCAAUAAACACAGCAUACACAUCUGAAUAUCGCAACCAAACUGUUUUCGAGGUUAGGGAACCCCUUUACGCCCUUGUGAAGAAGCAGAAACUCAAGGCAUACGUCAAGCUGGUCACAAGCGACGGUGAUUUAAACUUGGUACUGCACACUGAUAGAGUCCCACUAACAUGCGACAAUUUCUUGCAACACUGUGAAGAUGGGUAUUAUAAUGAUACCAUAUUCCAUCGAUGUGUACCAAACUUUAUGAUUCAGGGAGGAGAUCCCACAGGCACAGGUCGAGGGGGAGAAAGUGCCUUUUACACAAGAGCAAAACGUGACAACCUCGAUGAACAGGUCCCCAAAUAUUUUAAGGACGAAUUUGAUAAUACACUAUACCAUGUUGGCGUAGGAGUCUUAUCCAUGGCAAACAAGGGUAAACAUACAAACGGAUCGCAAUUCUUUAUAACGUUCAAUACAUGUGAACAUUUAGAUCAUAAACACACUGUCUUUGGUAAAACCGUAGGUGGAUUGGAAUUGUUGAAAAAAUGGUCGGAAAUGAAAGUCGAUGAUGACGAACGACCAAAAAAUCCACCAAAAAUCAUAAAGACAAUUGUGUACUCAAACCCGUUCACAACGGUGCAGGAACAGGAAAAAGAAAGAAAAGACAAGGAACAAGUGCCCAAAAUCACACAAUGGAUAUUCGAUCCAGUCAAACAAAAACUACAAAGUAGCACAAACAACGAAAUUGGGUAUCUAAUUAAAAAAUUAAAACGUUGA